GGAAGGUGCAGCUGGAAUGUUGCCUGAAGCUUCAACACAGAGAGAGAAAGAGAGAGCAAAGCAGCACUGUGCUUCUCUGGGUCAGAUGCAACACAUGGAAUAAGCGGAGAACACAACACUGGUCAGAACAGAAGCUGCAGGAUUUGUCGAUGAAGAAGCGGAGAUCAUUCUCCCAACUUGACCAGCUUGGAGGACACCUCGACCCAACUGGUCCCUUCAAUCUGUUGACAUGAGAAGAGAUCGGCUUCUGGUGGCCGUCACUUUGGUCACCCUUCUGGCAGCAGACAUCCAUUUCAUCCUGCUUCCCAGACUCAGAACCUGGUAUCAGCUGCCCAGAGAAAGCUGCUCGUGCACCGACAGCAGCCUGGAGAACGGAGCCGCUGCGACCGUCCCAUGGACCACGAGCCAGAAUAUGACCGAGCGAGGCUCUAAGCUGGAGCGGCUCUUUAGACACCCGCUCUACAACAUCCGUCUUCCAGAGCUGGGGCCCGAGGAGCGGCUGCUGCAAGAAGACGAGCUCAUGAACUACUGCAAGAGGAAAGUGAGCCGCUGGGAAAGACUGAAGAAGACCUACAUCAAGGCGGCCGCAGCUUCAAACAUCACUGUACCCGAUCAUCCCGUGACCUUUGACCCCGAGGCCAGCUGGCUGCAGUUCCAUCUAGGGAUCAAUCGCUAUGCGCUGUAUUCAGGAGACGACAGCAGCAUCGACAGACUCCUGCGAGACAUGCAGACAGCCCCCGUCAUCAGCGCAGAUUUCACUCAGGAUCAGAAAGCGCUGAAGGGUGCAUGCGACUGCUCACAAGGUAAAUAUAUAU